CACCAUGGAUUGCCAAGAAAAUGAAUAUUGGGACCAAUGGGGACGGUGUGUCACUUGCCAACUGUGUGGCCCUGGACAAGAGCUCUCCAAGGAUUGUGGUUAUGGAGAGGGUGGAGAUGCAUACUGCACAGCCUGCCCUCCACGCAGAUACAAAAGUAGCUGGGGCCAUCAUAGAUGUCAUAUUUGCAUCACCUGUGCUGUCAUCAAUCGUGUCCAAAAGGACAAUUGCACAGCUACCUCUAAUGCUGUCUGUGGGGACUGUCUUCCAAGGUUCUACCAAAAGACACGCAUUGGAGGCCUGCAGGACCGAGAGUGCAUCCCAUGCACGAAGCAGACCCCCACCUCUGAGGUUCAAUGUGCCUUCCGGUUGAGCUUAGUGAAGGCAAAUGUACCCACAGUGCCCCCUCAGGAGGCCACACUUGUACUGGUGAGCAGUGUGCUCAUGGUGUUUACUCUGGCAUUCCUGGGGCUCUUCUUCCUCUACUGCAAGCAGUUCUUCAACAGACAUCGCCAGAAUGGUAAUAUUAUAAUUUACCCUGCUUCACUACCAGGUAGCCUCAAUAUGAUACCCCAAUUUAAUGGCUUUCUGCUUCGGGUUACAGGAGGUUCGCUGCAGUUUGAGGCUGACGAGGCAGCGGAGGAGGAAUCUCUCUUCCCUAUGCCACCUGGCCAAGAGACCAAUCCUGAGUCCCCACUGAGUGAAAGCAUCUUUGAGACCCAGCCAUUUAACCCCAUCCUGGAUGAUGACCGCAGCUCAACUCGUGGCUUCCCCACCCAGGAAUCUUUUACCAUGGCCUCCUGCGCCUCAGAAAGACACUCCCACUGGGUCCACACUCCCAUCGAAUGCACAGAGCUGGACCUGCAAAAGUUUUCCAGCUCUGUCUCCUAUACUGGAGCUGAGACCUUGGCAAGGGGACACAGCUGAAAGCUCUGGAGAGAGGCUGGAACUCAAUGUGCCUCUUGAA